CACUGAGAUGGAAAAAGGCUCGGGAACUUCUCCAACUUUACAGACAGGCAAGUAUUAUAGUUUUCGUAUAUAUAAGUGGCGUGAUAGAGACCUCCACGCUCUCUAUCAUUCAAGUUUCUACGCCGAGCCACAAAGGCAAUGUUGGGGCACAGGUGACCUUUACGCUUGCCUGAUGUUAAAGUCUCUACGCUUACUGAUAUUGUUGGCCACAGAUGACCUCUACGCUUGUCUGAUGGCAAAAUGA